AUGGCGACAAAACCAGGCAUUCUCUCAGAUUGGCCUUGGAAACCUCUUGGCAGCUUCAAGUACCUGAUAUUGGUCCCAUGGGUUAGCCAUAGCCUGUACUCUGUCACGUGCAGUGAGCGUGACCCAUAUUACUUUCUGAUAUUCCCAUUUCUGUUGGUGAGAAUUCUACACAUUCUGAUCUGGAAUUCUGUUUCUCGCUAUCAAACUGCUAAAGGCACCAACAGGAUCGUUGAUAAAGGCCUUGAGUUCGACCAAGUUGACAGAGAAAGCAACUGGGAUGACCAGAUCUUAUUAUCUGGACUUGUUUUAUACCUAAUUUACAUGUUAUUUCCUGAGGCUUCUGGUCACUUACCAUAUUGGAGAACAAAUGGUAUAGUUCUUACAGCUUUAUUGCAUGCUGGUCCAGUGGAGUUUCUUUAUUAUUGGCUUCACAGAGCUCUUCAUCACCAUUUCCUCUAUUCUCGUUACCAUUCUCACCAUCAUUCUUCCAUUGUCACUGAGCCCAUUACUUCUGUGAUUCAUCCAUUUUCUGAACUCGUCUCAUAUUUCACGAUAUUCUUAAUACCAAUAGUUACACUACUGUCGACAAGAACAGCCUCCAUAGCAUCCGUAUUUGGUUACAUGUUUUAUAUCGAUUUCAUGAACUACAUUGGACAUUGCAACUUUGAGUUCUUCCCAGAGAAGCUUUUCGCUCUCUUUCCCUGGCUCAAGUAUUUCUGCUACACGCCAUCGUUUCAUUCGUUGCAUCACACCAAAUUUAGGACAAAUUACUCUCUAUUCUUGCCAAUAUAUGAUUACAUGUAUGGCACAGUGGAUGAAUCCACGGAUGAAACUUUUGAAGCAUGUCUGAAGAGACCAAAGGAUUCCCCAGAUGUGGUUUACUUGACCCACCUAACAACGUCGGACUCUAUCUAUCAUCUUCCAUUAGGGUUUGCUUCUUUAGCCUCAAACCCUCAAACCUCAAAAUGGUAUCUUCGUUUGAUGUGGCCCUUCACUUUUGUUCUUAACCUAAUGGCUUGGAUAUAUGGUCAUACCUUUGUCUCUGAAAGGAACACUUUGGAAAAGCUUAAUUUUCAAUCAUGGGUGGUACCAAGAUUUACAAAACAAUAUCUCUCAAAAAGGCAAAGGAAAAGACUGAACAAGAUCAUCGAAGGGGCUAUUCUUGAGGCUGAUUCGUCUGGCGUUAAGGUGCUCAGUCUAGGGCUUCUUAAUCAGAAAGAAGAGCUGAAUGCACAUGGUGAAUUAUAUAUUCAAAAGUUUCCAAAACUAAAGGUAAAGAUUGUAGAUGGAAGUAGCUUAGCCGCUGCUAUUGUUGUGAAUAGCAUUCCCAAAGGUACAAGUCAGGUGCUUCUGCGUGGCAACUUUGAUAAGGUUUCCUUCUCUAUAGCCAAGUAUUUGUGUGAGGCAAAUGUGCAGGUGACUACGUUAUAUCAAGAAGAGUUAACGAAGCUUCUUCUGGGACUCAACACAAACCCUAAAGAAAGCUUUGCCCUUUCAACAGCUUCUUAUGAGAAGAAGAUAUGGUUGGUGGGAGAUGGAUGGAACGAAGAUGAACAGAUGAAAGCACUAGAAGGCUCAUUAUUCAUUCCAUUUUCUCAAUUCCCUCCAAAGAAAAAGCGAAAAGAUUGCUUCUACCACUAUACUCCUGCAAUGAGGGUCCCUCCGUCAAUCAAGAACAUGUAUUCUUGUGAGAAUUGGCUUCCAAGAAAGGCAAUGAGUGCUUGGCGCAUAGCUGGAAUAGUACAUGCCUUGGAAGGAUGGAACGUACAUGAGUAUGGCUCCACAACUUUUAGUCUCCAUAAAAUAUGGGAUGCAGCUAUUCAUCAUGGUUUCCAACCUUUGGACACUCCAUGUACGAACUGA